AAGCGAAUGAACGUCGCCCGGGCUGGUCAUGCGUUCUGUCUGUCACUGACAUUGAAAUACAAUAAUUUAGGGUCAAAUAAUAAGCUAGCGACCAACAUUAUCACAAUGUUUAGCAUACAUGUACACCUCUAAAUACCUCUGCAAAACGUUACUUAGAACCUAAGCAUGGCUCUGCCAUGUUUUCGACUGUCUUCCCGACACACCACCCGGUUAGGACUAGAUGUUCGCUGCUAUGCAACACAGGGAAAAGCACCCAGAUCGCAGGAGAGGCGUGACAGUAACGCUGCAAACGCUCCAGUCUUCCAGUAUGUCGGUCAGAACCGGAAGCCCAAGCACAAGGUGUUUGUGUGGGGUUUCAGCUUCACCGGUGCCCUCGGUCUCCCCAGCCUGGUACAGCCCGACUGUGGCAGGAAAAAGCCCCGGAAAUACCAGCUCACACCCUACCGGCUGGAGACUGAAGACCAGGUACAUUAGCCGUAUCACGUUGUUACUCCGUGUCGCUCAGAUCUCGUCGGCCGCGUGUGGCUAUGGUUUCACCCUUCUGUCGUCCUCGACCAAAGACCUCACCAAGCUUUGGGGCAUGGGACUCAACAAGGACUCCCAGCUGGGCUUCCAGCGCACUCAGAAGAGCAAGCUUGUGAGCUACGACUACGUGCUGGAGCCCUCCCCUGUGGCGCUGCCCCUCUCUCACCCCCAGGGCGCCAGGGUGCUGCAGGUGGCCUGUGGCCGCGCCCACUCCCUGGUGCUGACCGACCGGGAGGGAGUUUACAGUAUGGGAAACAAUGCCUAUGGCCAGUGCGGGAGAUCAAUAGUGGAGGAAGAAGACUACAGUGGCAGUCACAUCAUUCACAAGCUGGAGGGCUUCGACAGUAAGGUGAUCCAGGUAGCGUGUGGCCAGGACCACAGUCUGUUCCUCACGGAGACUGGGAAGGUGUACGCGUGCGGAUGGGGCGCAGACGGUCAGACGGGUCUGGGUCAUCAGCGUGUCAGCGCGGCGCCGGCCGAGGUGGCGGGCGAGCUGCGCGGCGUGGAGGUCAAGCAGAUCAGCACGUACGGAGACUGCAGCCUGGCCGUCUCCCGGGACGGGGGGCUGUACGGCUGGGGGAACUCUGAGUACCGGCAGCUGGCCUCGGUCACCGAGUCCUCACAGAUCAACUCUCCUAAACACCUCCCCCUGGAGGGCUGUGGCAGAGUGCUCCAGGCGGCCUGCGGAGGGACACAGGUGGCCAUCUUAAAUGAGGAAGGAGCCGUCUUCGUAUGGGGCUACGGCAUUCUGGGAAAAGGCCCCAACUUAUCCGAAUCCCCCACCCCUGAAAUGAUCCCCCCCUCGCUGUUUGGCCGCUCCGAGUUCACCCCCUCCGUGGCUGUGAGGACGAUCCGCUGUGGACUCAACCACUUCGCCGCCGUCACCGAUCAAGGGGAGCUCUUUGUGUGGGGCAAGAACGUGAGGGGCUGUUUGGGCAUCGGCAAGAGGGACGACCAGUACUUCCCCUGGAGGGUGACGGUACCGGGUCACGUCGUGGACGUGGCGUGCGGUGUUGACCACAUGGUGGCACUGGUGAAGUCUAUCAUCUGAGCGAGACCCGGGCGCACCAACGGUGACCCCGUCGCCCCCCUCGCGCAACGCAGGGCGUCACCCGGCACUGGACCAAGACGCGGUUUCCAAAUCAAAUGCAAACCAGCUGCUGUCUGCGGGAGACCAGCCCAGAUUUGGUCGCUGCGUCUUGCUAUGAUGUCACCACAUGCAUGCGCAGGCCAGGGCGAUAAGGGUCGGCAAAACCACCUCUUAAAGAAAAGACUCGACAACAACAUGCAGCUUCUGAGUGGUUCAUGCUGCCGGGAUGAUAUGUGAGGAUAAUUAGACCAACAUAUGUGUGACAUUUCCAAGUAAACGGAGAUGAAGACUUUGCACACAUUUGUGAAGCGAAUGUAAUCCUGUCUUGUUAUUCCUUUUCCAUGUGCUUGGUUGGGAACCGGAGAGCGUGAAAUAAAGAAAUAUUUUACAAAGGUGCUAUUAUAGCAACAUUGUGUCUGUGUGAACCAUAGCCACCCCCAGCUAAAUAAAUUGGCAGCCAAGCGGAGAAAUUACUUAACACUUUUAUAAAAGGUGAAAAGACAUGCCAGAUAAAGUGGAAGGCAUGCUCCAAAACCAAUGUGGAGAUGUCCUUUCUUUUAUUUGAAGUAAUAGUCACAACUGAACUUUAGCAACAUCUGCUAAGUGUCAGGUCUGCAGGUGAAUAAUUGUCGUGUGAUAGCCUAGAGUGUAACUGGUAGCCAUUUUAUUGCUCAGCUUUUAUUAUGUUUUCUGGCAGGUGUAUAACCCUAAGGUACAACAACUUGGUAUCAAAUGGUUUUAACUGAAAUGGGCCUCUUGUAAGUGUCGUGCAAUACACUAUAAAGUGCAGCUUAAAAGGAUUUUAAAUGGAUAUGUGGGUGUUUGUUUUUUCUGUUUAAUCCGUGCAAAGCUUUCUGUGCUGCUAUUGUGUAUUUAUUUUCCCCUUUUACUGAAAUCGACAGCCUGUAACCAAUUUCAGAAAGACGUCAAAACGAGUCGUUUGUAACCCGACGUAGGAAAUGUGCCUGCCUCUACCACCAUUCUUUAAGGAGUAACACAGGCCGAGAGAAAACACUAGUUAUGGCCCUGGUUCUGGGUUGUCUGAGAUUGUCUUAAAUUAGUGCUAGUUAACAUUUGACUUGCUUCGCCUGACAUGAUGACACCGAACCCCACAAAGAAGCUUGGCUAUUGUGGAGAUGUUGAUGAAGCAGUAAAUAAACAAAUGGAUGCCGACCUCAAGGCAGUCGUGUAAAAUAAGCUACUUGAGUGACUGACACCAUAACAUGAAACUGCAGAGGUCAUAAAAAUAGUUUAACGUUUAUCCACAUGGAAAAACAAAUUUCCCAUUCAAUGUAAAUUGAUGAAUAUAACUGAAAGGAGUAUGAAUGCUUUACAUAGACUCAACAGUUUUGGCUAAAAUGUUAUGGUUGCCAGUUUAUUGAGUACAAUUUUAACACAGAGGAGCAAAUAACUGCACAAAGACAAUCUU